AUGAUGAACCACAUCGAUCAUAUUAUUCUCAAUACUCGAAAUCGGCUUGAUCAGGUAGCAGCAUAUUUUCAACGUAUGGGCUUUAUUAUCACUCCGCGCGGCUAUCAUUCAGUUGGUACAGUUAAUCACACUAUAGUUUUUAAAACUGAUUAUUUGGAAUUGUUCGGGUAUACAGAGGACACGCCAUCCGAAAAGCGUCUGAGAUUGGAACAAUUACCUACAGGAUUAAUAACCAUGACGAUAAAAGCACAUGAUGCCGAUGAAGUGCAAGCUACGCUCAUGGCACGUGGUUUAUCAACUAUACCAAUAUUGGAUGUAUCGCGUCCAGUUCAUUAUAAUGAUGACCUGACUGCAAAUGCCUCAUUUCGUGUAACCCGCAUGGAAUCUGCUCCCGUUCCUGGUACUGGUGUUAGCUACUGUCAACAUUUCAAUCCAGAGCUUGUUUGGCGUCCCGAAUGGCAGGCACAUCCCAACAGUUGCGUUGCUAUGACUAAACUUUAUAUCAAUGUAAGUGAUCUGCACGCUGCAGCUCAAGUAUAUCUACGUGCUUUGGAUAUUGAUAAACUAGUUGAGACCGAACCAAAUCGUUACAUCCUUCAUUUGCCAAGUUUUGAAAUCAUAUUGACUGCUGGAAAUACUGAACCAUUAGGUAUAUACAAAUUAACAUUCGGUGUCAAUUGCAUGGACAAACUCGUCGCUGAGCUUACAAAAGGCGGUAUAGAAUACCAUAAAGAAAAUGAACGUAUUGUGGCUGAUACUCUGUCACAUAUUGGUUGUGUAUUAGAAUUCGAGCCUAUAUCUUAG